AUGCCUGCGCAGGCGGCCACAGUGAUUGAUGCAAUUUCCGUGCUACGGCUGCCGUUGCAAGUGCGACAAGCCAGCGCGCAGAUGCUGAAUCGCCGCUGCGACCGCCCGUUGGUCAGCGUCUGCUGGUGGCCGGCAUCUGCUGGGGAUCGAUUCCGUCUGGUCGCCCGCUGGGCUGGCAUGCAUGGCGCGGGCCUCGCAGGGCGAUUCUGGAAACUGGCAAAGCCGUUCGUCUGGGAGAACUGGGAGAAGCGAAUCGCCAGCUGCUCCGGUGCAAUUCUGGCUGCCAGAUCGCGCCAGGCAAACCACUCGGCCCCCUGUCCGGCCCUCCGCUGCCCCAAGCCCACGCACUCUGUCCGAAACCUUGCCCGCCAUGGCCCAAGACCCCUUCAUGUGGGUGCAUCGACACGAGACGAGCUCCCAGCGCCGUCCGUCUGCCACGCCCAUCACACCUCCACCACCUCCACCACCCCAGCCCGCCCUAACGAGCCUCUUGUGCGGCGCUCCCCGUCGUACGAUUGGCUUGGCCCACCGAGCAUUCAUGCCCUCUCGCGCGGCUAA